AUGUCCCACCGUGCGUCGUACGGGCCCCUUCCUCUCGACGACGUUAGCCCUACCCCCACGCACACAAUGCACUCCCGAAGUAGCUCGAUGACCGCGUCCACGCUCGCCCCUUCGCCCAAUGCUCAAUCUACGUUCGGUGAUGGCCCGGCCAAGGUGCGCCGCGCGGCGACGAUGAGUUCCGCCGUUGCGUCCAUCCCGACACCUGGGACGGUGCAGGAGCGUCCGCCGCGAUAUGAGCCGCUGUUUAUGAACCUAUGGCUUGUCAUACCCGGCUGCGUGCUGCUCAUUGCCCUCGGCAUCGGGCUCGAGAUAGCUUUGGGCAUUUCACAGGAUCGUCAAGGGUUCAAUGUGCCAGAGAAGAACGUCUUUUCCUUUGCUUCGACCCAGUUUCUCACUGCGUUCUUCCCUUCCCUGCUUGUGAUCCCACUAGCGUUUCUUGUGCGGUCAUUCGACAGCCAACUGCUGGCAUGGCAGCCGUACAUGGUUCUUGACCGAGGUAACGCGCGACCACAAGAGUCGAUCUUGUUAAGUUAUAGCAAUCUUGAUCGCAUCAGCGUCGUCUUCUCCGCCUUUAUCUAUGGCCAUAAGUUAUUAUUGGUGUCUACAAUCACCGUUAUUCUGUCUUUGAGCUUCCAACCACUCGCGGGUUCUCUGUUCUCUGUACAACAGAAACCGUACACCACAUCGUCUUCCGUCACGAGCAACAGAUUCAUUGGUUUGAACCCUGAUGCUAGCGACCUUACUGCCUUCGCUUCUGCUGCUGGGUUUGUCUCUGCCGCUGUCAGCAACAUCCUUGUUGACCCGCCCUUCAUCUUCAACGGCUGGGCGUCGGCCGAGUUCACUUUCCAAACCAAUACAUACCUGAACGGCAGCAUGGCCGUGAACACUUCUGGCGUCCAAACCAACCCCACCUGUUCCAAUCCGACCCAACUCAGCCUCGAUACGUCGGGGACCCAAUACACUCUCACAGCGACCUCCAGCAAAGGAUGCACACUCGGUCCCGCGACAUUUGAUCCGAACUCUGCCAAUGCGUUGUACGGCGUCACCCCCAUAGCGAACUGCACAGAGGAUCUUCAGACGGAUCGCGAGUUCAUGCCCGUUUUCUUUUGGUUCUACCAGAAUCAACAGGCAGCGGGCGUGUUCUGUGCGCCAACGUUGCAGCUUUUCAAUGUCACUGCGCAUGCGUCGCUACAGAACGGGACCCUUACGAAAGUGGAUGAGCAUAGCGACUUUGCCAGACCGAACAAUGUGACCGGCGAGAUCCUGCACGGACCUGUUCGGGCUUUCAACGGUUUGUUCUUCAAUGUCAGUCAAGACGCAAACGUCCAGGCUCGAGCGACGACGAUCGCAAGCACGAUCCCGAAUGCCAUCUUCCACCAAGCCCAACAGAACACCUCUGGUGUCCAGGCCGUAUUUGAGGACCCGAAUGGAUUCUUGAACAUCACGACGAAGCUCUACACGAAGUACCUUGCUCUCGCCGCGACAUCUGUUUACUUCACUCCAACGAACGCGGAACUACCGAGCACGACCACGCGACUUGUGGAUAGGCUCGUCAUCGAAGCAUUGCCAGCACAUGCCCUUUCAGUCAUAGCCAUCAUCUGCGGCCUUAUCUGCAUCGCGGUGCAUCUCUAUCACCACCGCGCCCGCCGCAACGUUUAUCUCCCCCACCAUCCCGGAGACAUCGCAUCGGCUGUGGCAAUGACCGCGCACUCGGGCUUCGGCGAGCUUCUCUACCCAUAUGACAACGACUCUACGAUUGCCGGAAAGCUCGACGGCCUGCGUUUCCGCCUCGACAGACGGACAAGCGCUAUCGUGGUGGAAAGCGACUCGAGCGAUCCGGAGGCGCGCUCGGCGUUCAUGACCGAGAAGCUUCAAUAUGAUCGCGAGGAGGGUGGCAAGUCGAUGUUCUCGAGAGGGGAUAGCUUUAGGACUGUGACCACUCUUGGUGCUAUCAGGGAGGAUAGCGUGGGCUGGGUACCGCAGACCAUCGGGAGUGCACGUUUGCCGCCGGGGGCUCUGCAGCCGGGAACGGGUGAGAUGACGCCGCCGCCGAGUCGAGGGCAGGAGAACGCGCCGCUAUUGUAG